GAUACUCUAACCGUUCGAGGGUCGUAUGGAUUUUCCAAAUAUCUUUUGGAAUUCGUCUCUGAACUGAAUUAUACAGUCUCAGUACAAUUCAUUGUUACUCUUACAUCUGAUAAAAAAAGUUUCGUUGAAUUAUAUCAAUGGGGUUCAUAUCCGCAAGCAUAUCGGAUGUUACCCCUUCAUCGUCGGAACUUCGCUAUGGAAACAUCUCGGGCCGCAACCAUUCUUAACACUGAUCGAAAUCUAUGAUUCGCAGGUAAAUAAAUCUGGAGAACCAUGAAUACAUCGCACGAUUCAAGACCACGGAGAACUCUAGGUAAUACCAUUGGUAAUGUUUAGUCAGGUACACGGAAUAAGAGCGGGGCAUACCGCGGAACUGAAUUGCCCCUCUAUCCUUAGACGAAGUAUAUAUAACAUCAAUCGACUUGCAAUACUGAACGAGAUAUCAUUCCGGUUUUUGAUUUUGGGAAUCUCGUAUAUCAUACAGGUUUUCAAAAAAGCUUUAUAUCACCAUGGAGGGUUCUAUCAAGAACACAUCAGCUGAUCAUCCUGGAUCAACACCAUAUUCCGUAAUCAAUGGUUCUCAAGAAGCUACUCGAACUCUACAACAAUUGGUCAGCAGUGAACUUCCCUCGGAAGUAUUAAAACAUCUAGAAAAAGUCACUUAUACAACUGCAACCGAUGGAACUCAGAUAUAUUUCCCAUGUCCUUUCAAAGAAACCGAAGCUACAGUUGCAUUAAAAUCGGUCGAGGCAAGCGUUGUAGCUGCUAUUGCGGAUCUUCGUUAUGGAGAACAGAAAAGAAAAAUCGAAAUCAAUCUUGAGCAAACUGCUACUUUCUUAUUCUCCACCUAUAUUGCUACAAUCGCUGGAAUGAAUAAACAACAUCCUGAUGUUAAAUCGAAACUAAAAGACACGGAUUUGCUCAAAGCACAAGCUAUUUUGUACCGCAGACUUUCAGCAAACCUGUAUGAGACUAAGAAUCCAGGAGAAUACUUCCAUAUCCAUGGAUCAUUGGAAGCUGGAAAAACAUUGAACAUGAUUGGAUUGGAAGCAUAUCGACCAGAUCUAACAGAGUAUCGGGAAUGUAUUAAUGUUAUUGAGAAGCACGUCAAACAAUACACAGCUGCAGAAUUGGAGGUCAUGAAUGCUAAGAUAAAUCAAGCUGGUGUAACAGCAUUGAAAUGGGAAGAUUUUAAAAAGACGAGCCAUGGCCAAACACUUCUCAACUUACCUCCAUGGCAACUCGAUAGACUUCAAGAUGAUUCCCCACCAACUCCAUUCCCAAAAGUGGCUCCCGCAACACCAAAUUCCAAGCCCCAGGUGUUAUCCGGAAUUCGAGUUUUAGAAUUGUGUCGUAUCAUUGCAGGUCCUGCUAUGGGCCGAACACUCGCUGAGUAUGGCGCCCAAGUCAUUAAAGUUACAUCUCCAAAUUUAUCUGAUGUUCCCUUUUUCCAAGUCGAUGGAAAUACGGGUAAACAUACCGCAGAUAUCGAUCUUAAAACGCCAGCUGGUCGUGCCACGUUUGAGGAACUACUUAAAUCUGCCGAUGUUAUUCUCGAUGGAUAUAGACCUGGAGCUUUAGAACGACUAGGCUAUGGCCCAGAAAAUAUUGUAAAAUUGAUUUCUGGAAGGGGUAAAGGAAUUGUAUAUGUUUCCGAAGAUUGUUUUGGUUAUCAAGGAGAAUGGGCUGGUAGACCUGGAUGGCAACAAAUCGCAGAUUGUGUAACUGGAGUAGCCUGGGCUCAAGGAGAGUUCAUGGGUCUUAAUGAACCCGUUGUUCCUCCCUUUCCCAUGUCUGAUUAUGGAACUGGAUGUAUGGGUGCCAUUGCUGCCUUGGUGGGAUUAUUCCGAAGAGCUAAGGAAGGAGGAAGUUGGAGAGGAACAACUAGUCUUUGUCAAUAUGAUGUGUUCCUAUUGGGAUUGGGACUAUAUGGGGAUGAUGUUAAAGAAAAGGUUAGAAAAGAUCAUGAUGAUCAUUUCUUUGAUCUAAGACAUGCGGAUAGUGUUGAUGAAGUUGGUGGGAGAGCAUUAAAAAGUAUGAAGAGAGCACACCCAGAAUUAUUCGACGAGAAAAAUAUGCAAAAGACAUUCAGCAAAGGAUUCGGCGAGGAAAUCAAAUGGUGCAGAAGUCCCGUCUCGAUUGAAGGAUUACGAGUAGGAUUCGAAAGAGCUAGCCGUCCAAACGGUUAUGAUAGACCAACGUGGGAGGAUUGGGAAAUCGAGAAAAAAGUGGUGGAAGGAUAAAUUCUCCACUUUGUAUAGGGUAUCAUAUAUCAAAUUUGUAUUCAAGAAGCGAAUACGAUGUUUACUCAGACUAGUGACUUCGCUUGUUGUCAUGUGUAACCAUCGCCAACGCAUUUAUAUUGCAUUGGAAAUUUGGAGUCUCGCAAGCGCGUGCACUCUUUUUGCCUAAUUACAUCCCGGAAGCGCGGGAUGAGAUGGCGUAUUGCCUAUAAUAUUGAAACUCGAUAUUUGUACGCUUUAUCCAAUGGUAGAAAGGGAAAUCAAUACAUGAAUCAUUCUAUAGUAGGAAUAUUACGAAGAAGUCCCCGUGAUGUGGAGAGGAUAAUUUAAUAUGUAUUAAUAGAGAGAUUUCUUCGCGUGGCACAUACUUAUUGAAGUUUGACGGAUGCUUGGCGGGCUGAAAUAUACAGCAUUUUGGGCGGGAUUGGUGGAAGAGGAGGUUUUGUUGCAAAUCGAUAUCUGAAUCUUUGGAGACGAGAAGAAAUGGCUUGCAGUAGUUACA